AUGAGUCAUCUCGAUACAGGUGAUUCAGGAACAACAAUUGAUACUCCAACUAAUACUCAAGAGACAUACUCAACACAGAAAUCAACACAUACCAAAACAAGAAUUCGUAUUCCGAAAAAAUUAAAACAGCAAAUCGAAACUUAUAGCACAGAAGGUGGUCAAUCUUACACGCAGUACUCUGAAUACUCAGUAACACCUAGUUAUUCUAAUACUUAUGGAUAUUCUGCUACACAAAAUUCAAAUCAAACCGGAUAUUCUGGUUAUACACCAACCUAUGGUCCAACAGGAACAUAUAGCUAUACAGGUACCACAGGCUAUUCUGAAAACCCUUCACAGACUCAAUCUUAUUCUUAUUCUCAAAACCCAACGUAUUCAUACACAAAUACAACAGGAUAUUCAUAUUCUCAGACCAAUCCAACAUAUUCCUAUACAAACCAAUCCGGAUCUCAAACAAAUCCUUCUUAUUCUUAUACAGCUUCAGAAGGAGCCACAGGAACAGGAAGCUACACAUACUCAAAGACAGGAACGCAAAAUGCAUCUAACACAUACUCAAAAACAGGCACAGAUCCAAACGGAACAAAUUCAUCAUUUUCAUACACAGUUUUCACUUCCAAUCCGAUCUCUACAUCCGAAGUCGAGACUAGCGUUGAUGCUCCUUCAGUUACAUAUACUACAGAUGACUCAGUUACUAAGCGUGUCCGCGUAAAAGUUCGAGUUCCCAAAAAAGGUGACCAAAAAACGAUGAAAAGAGAAGCAGCAAGGGUUUUAAUGCACCGAAACGGAGCAGUUCUUAACACAGAUGUACAUGAUGAGUCCGUAGAUGCUGUUUCACUUGAUCCUGCCGGUACAUCUGAUUUAUCUACAUUAGAUUUGCCAUCAGCCAUGGAAGUCCCAUACAUAGAGACAGUCAAACCAGUCAAUGCAGUCAAGAAACCUAAGUGGGAUGACGAGGAUGACUCAACAUUGACCCAAAUGGCCCCAGAACCUCAAAAAUUUGGCCGACCACUUAUCGGAUCACGAUUUCUUGGUCGUAAUCAGCUUUCUUCCAGUGACGAUGAGAGUCAGACUAACAUAGAUACGAUCACUACACAAGAUGAAACAUCUGAAUCCACAAUUCCGACUGUCAUGAACAGAGAAGAGUUCCAAGAGCGAUUUUCAGCCAAAUCGCGAUCCGUUGCUGCUGUUCCUGCUGCAGAGGACGGCGGCUUUGCGCAAGCGGAGAUGGCCAGGCAGCGUAUGGAAGAGAAGAUGGCCAAGAAGCAAGAGUACAAAGCUAAAGUUGCUGAAGCCAUCAGGAAUGGCGAAUCUCCACCUCCAACCUUGACAACAACAGCAACAGACGAAUUGAGCACAUUGGAGAAAGACAUCAGACUUGAAUUGGAGAUGCAACAGUACGAGGAAGACAUGAAGAAGAACCAGAUGACAAACGAGCAAAGACAAGCAUUGUUCCCUGCUUCUCGUCGUGGAAAGUUUGUUAAAGAGAAUCCUAAGAAACUCAUGUUUGCUUCUGACUCUGAUUCCGUUGAAGAAGACGAUCUCAAUCCAAAUCCAGUUGUUUUCGAAGUAGGAAACAGCUACAACCGCACGAAUAUUGCACAGAUCUCCAAGGGAAUGGGAUUGUUCGACAGCAUGAAACCGAUGAAACUGGAAGACAUCAAGACAUACGAACCAGACACAGGCGAAUACAAUGCAUUGAAAGAAGCCGAAGAAGCAAGAAGACAAGCAGAAAUGGAGAGGAAAAUUGCAGAGAUGAGGAAGAUGAAGGAAAGAGAAAUUUCUACAACAGAUACAUAUGAAACUAAUUUCUCUACAACUACAUCUACAGAACUUGCAGAGAUUUCACCUCAAUAUCUGCCAAAGAAACAAGGUGGAAUUCCUGAAAAGGCAUACGAAAGAAAUCCUGCAGUUAAAUUCCCUCCGCCUCCUCAAUUCGAUCCUCCUAAGAAGAAUCGUCCAUCGAGAGGUUCAAGGACAGCAACAACAACAACAAGUACAAAUGAGUCCGCAAUCAUUGAAGAAGUUCAUGAAUAUUUCACUAACACUGAUUCGAAUAAUUCAUCAACACCAAAUCCAACAGUUUUAGUGACUGCAAACUCUUCUUCCGCUGAUUACGUUGAAGCUCCUUCCAAUGCACAGAACGCAAUGAACUACGUGGAAGUAACUCAAACAAAUACAAAUACAAACACCCAUGAGGAAGAUAAUAAGAAGAAACAGAGACCAAAGAGAGGAAAUAAAAAUUCUGGACCUCCUUCUUAUACUUCCAAUAAUUUGACAACAGUUACAGAACUAAGAACAGCUAAUCCGACAUCGGCCGAUUUCGUUGAAGCUUCUGCAAACCAGAAUGGAGAAUUGUACGUGGAAGUACCAGCUUCAACAGCUACAAAUGCUGAUGAUUUGACCACUGGACACUCUGAAUAUGUAACUGCAACUUCAAAUGCAACUGGAUCUCUUUACGUAGUCGAUACUGACGGAGCAAGGACGGAAUCAACUUAUACUUAUAUAACUGAGGAAGAAGAAGAUAUCGAGGAAGAAGAAAUUAUUGAAGAAGAAGAAGUUGCAGAAGAUGAUGCUUAA